CGUUCAAGCGUUAUAAGACUUUGGUCAUUUAAUAAACGAGGAGGUAUACUACUGACACAGUAGCAUGUAUCUCCGAAUUCUAUGUUUGUCUCUCUGUGUAGGGGCCAUCUGCACAGCUAUCAAAUUAGAUGAAAGUUUUGUCUACGAAGAACAAGUGGAGAUACACGAUGCACACCGACUCAGACGAGACGUGGAGAAGUACCCAGUCGAGAAAGAAUUCGUCUUCACAUACAAAAACCAGGGCCAUCAUUUACGGCUAAAACGAAACGCUGACGUUGAUAUAAAAACCCCGGUGUAUGUGGUACGAAACGGGAAGAUCGAACGCCAAAGUAUACCCAACAAAAAGACACCUGUAUUUUACCAGGACACAAAGAAAAUGGCAGCCAUUGCGCUGUAUUGUCAACGGAAAAUCAAAGGGAGAUGUCAACAUUCACUGGAGGGAAUGUUGAUCAUAAAUGGGACCUAUCACGCUAUCGAACCCCUUGAGGUCCCCCACCGCAGAAACAUACUCCACAGAAUCUAUCAACCACCCGAAAAUAUAGACUUUAAGGCGGACUAUGUUUUCCCGGAGGGAGGCAAACGUCCAAAGCAGUUCAACCAUACUGGGACCCAGCGAUCCAAGCGUUAUGUUGGAGAGUUAAAGGUGGAGCUGUUGGCGGUCACUGAUUACCCGGUGUAUGAUUUCUGGUACCAGAGAAGCACGCAAUCAACACCUGCCGCGAAAGACACCGAGGCCAAAGAAAAAAUACGCGAAUUUUACGCAUUUGCUACCAAUGCAAUUGAUGUUCGGUACCAGUCCAUUGCCGGUGUGACGUUCAGCAUCAAAAUAGUUUUUGCGGGUAUUGUGAUAGCCGAUGAUCCAACUGUUUCCACGUGGACGGAGUCAAUAAAGGUUGGUGCUUCCGGACGAGAUCAGGUGGAUUCGAACGGCGCUCUCGUUAACUUCCGGACCUGGCUCUCAAGUGGCAUUUCUCUUCCGGGUCAUGACCACGCUAUGCUAUUCACGGGAUAUGAUUUGACAAGUGGGGGAAGCACCAGUAAUGCCGGUCUGGCGUGGGUCGGCGCUACGUGUACUUCCAGUAGCAACUCUAUUACAGAGGAUCAUUUCGAUGCCAUUAUUGCGACAGUUGCCGCUCAUGAGCUUGGACACAACUUAGGAGCAUUACACGAUGGCGACGGUAAUGCUUGCUUAGCAGACGACAAGUACACGAUGUCGCCUAGCAGCGGUGGGGUCACUGACUCACGUGCCAUCAACCACUGGUCGUUUUCCUCCUGUUCCGUCAGCUAUUUUGAACAAUACAUCGCAGACCUUGACAGUGGUGGCAACAACUGUAUGGCGACCCUGACGGCUGGUCACGACCCGACCGCCCUGGACAGCUAUCUGACGACCCUAGCGGGGCAGGUCUACUCCAUCGACGAACAGUGCCGAAUCAAGAAAGACAAUUCCAGUUCAUUCUUUUGCAGAAACUUCAUAUCGGACCCUGCAGCGGUGUGUGCUUUUAUGUAUUGUUCUAUCCCUGACGGAAGCGGAUAUUGCUCCACUGCGGUACCAUGGGAAGGAACAACAUGUGGGAACCAAAAGUGGUGUGUCGCUGGCCAGUGUGUGGCUGACUCCCGCGCAGCUUCAGUUCCCGACAGCUGUGUGUUCGGGGAUACCCCAGGAGUCAUCAGUAAUGGCAUGGACUGUGCGACGCUUAUAUCCAGUUUCCCGGGAUAUUGCUAUCAAUCGUUUUACCAAGGGAAAUGCUGCGGAUCAUGUGCAGCUGCCUACAUAUCAUAUAUUCCAGGAUGUGAGUAUGGCGACCACAAUACUGGAUGCGUGGCUUCUUCUUGUCCGUAUUACUCUGCAGCAACUUUGAGCAGCGGAUGUUGUGGCACCUGCUACACAGGAACAACUCCGCAACCAGCAACAACCACUGUUGGUCCAACUACCACCGCCGGGCCAACAACCACCGCCGGGCCGACUACCACACAGGAUCCAUCCCUGACAACCACCUCGACAUCCGCUCCGUCAACACCACAUCCAACCACCACCAUGGCGCCAACAACGUCAGCUCCUACUACGUCAGGGCCUGCGUCAUCACAAGCAAUAACUACAACAACCCCCGCGCCCUGCUCGGGGGACAGUACCAGCGUCACCAUUGGGGGCAACAACUGUUCGGUUGCCAUUGCUAAUGCGCCGCACAAUUGUUAUGACUCUACAAUUUACGGAUAUUGCUGCGCCUCUUGUGCCUCUGUUUACACAGGAGUAGCAGGCUGUGAGUAUGGAGACAGAGGGACCACCUGUGAUGCGGCCACCUGUCCUUAUUACGACACUCAUUCCCGGGAUGUUGUUUGCUGUGGAACCUGCGCAGUUGCCACUACCCCUACCCCGGGAUCUUGUCCAAACGGAGAUAAUCCUUACUACACAGUCAAUGGAAUGAACUGUUCCGCGGCUGCUGCCUCUCAGAGCUGGGUGUGCUAUGAUACCGCUAUUCACGACAACUGCUGUGGAUCAUGUCCAUUAUAUAACAACGGAAUAACGGGCUGUGAAUUUGGAGACAGGAGUUCAACCUGUGACGUGGCAAAUUGUCCGUAUUAUGACGCCAAUUCCCGUGACGUAGUAUGUUGUUACACGUGCAAUCCUCCUACAACAGCUUCUCCUACCACAACAACUACCACAACCACUCCAGUUCCUACCACAACAACUACCACAACCACUCCCGUUCCUACCACAACUGCAGCUCCUACCACAACAACAACCACCACUCCAGUUCCUACCACAACAACAACCACCACUCCAGUUCCUACCACAACAACAACCACCACUACUCCAGUUCCUACCACAACAACUACCACCACUACUCCAGUUCCCACCACAACAACCACCACCACUACUCCAGUUCCUACCACAACCACAAUACCGUUGGGUCCAACGUCUACUUCAGAUUUAACUACACCAACCACGGGAUCUUGUCCAAACGGAGAUAAUCCAUACUUCACGGUGAACGGAAUGAACUGUUCCGCGGCUGCUGCCUCUCAGAGCUGGGUGUGCUAUGAUACCGCUAUUCACGACAACUGCUGUGGAUCAUGUCCAUUAUAUAACAACGGAAUCACGGGCUGUGAAUUUGGAGACAGGAGUUCAACCUGUGACGGGGCAAAUUGUCCAUUUUAUGACGCUCAUUCCCGUGACGUAGUUUGUUGUUACACGUGCAACCCUCCGACAAAUGUUUCUCACACCACAACUCCAACAUCCAUGCCUACAAUAACUAUAAGCGUUCCUUCAUCUACAGAUUCUAUUACAACUGAAACAAUGCCUUCAAGUCCUUCAACUACUUAUCCUACAAUCCCUCCAAGUCCAAACACUACUUAUCCUACAUCAACAAUGCUUUCAAGUCCUACAACUAAUUAUCCUACCACAACAAUGCCCCCAAGUCCUACCACUACCAAUCCUACCACCACAACUUCAGUUCCUAUGACAAUAACAACCAACAUGACUGCAUUUCCUACCACUACAUCAACCACUUCAGUUCCUAGUACAACAUCUCUAGUUCCUUCCACAACAACAGCUACAACUCUAAUUCCUACCACAACCACUACUCCAGUUCCUACCACAACAACUACAACCACGACUCCCAUUCCUACCACAACAACUACCACCACCACUCCAGUUCCUACCACCACAACCACCACCACAACUCCCAUUUCUACCACAACAACUACCACCACCACUCCAGUUCCUACCACCACAACCACCACCACAACUCCAGUUCCUACAACUACAACAACUACUCCAGUUCCUACCACAACAACAACCACAACCACUCCUGUUCCUACUACAACAACUACAACCACAACUCCAGUUCCAACCACAACAACUACAACCACAACUCCAGUUCCAACCACAACAACUACCACCACAACUCCAGUUCCUACCACAACAACUACCACCACAACUCCUGUUCCUACCACAACAACUACCACCACAACUCCUGUUCCUACAACUGCAACAACUACUCCAGUCCCUACUACAACAACUACAACCACAACUCCAGUUCCAACCACAACAACAACCACAACCACUCCAGUCCCUACUUCAACAACUACAACCACAACUCCAGUUCCUACCACAACAACUACCACCACAACUCCAGUUCCUACCACAACAACAACCACAACAACUCCAGUCCCUACUACAACAACUACAACCACAACUCCAGUUCCAACCACAACAACUACCACCACAACUCCAGUUCCUACCACAACAACUACCACCACAACUCCAGUUCCUACAACUACAACUACCACCACUACAACCACCACCACUACGACAACUCAGAAUCCUAACCAGGGGCUGGGUAAUAAUCGCUCCUCUAGAAUGUCUGUGUCGUACCAAGCCAUUCUGACGUGGUUACUGCUGGUAGCCAUUACAAAAACGUUUUUGGAUGUUGUUUGAUUUGUUCUUGGAUUAGCAUUUUACAAUUUAGACCUUGGAAUGUGAUAAUAUUGUAGUGCUUUCAGAUAUGUUAUUUUUAUAUUAUUUAUCACUUACUUUUCAAUUUACUUCGUUUUGUUGUACUUAUACAAUUGUUAUUUUUUUGUACAACUGCAUAUUUCUUGUUAUUGUUACUUGUUAAACUGUGCCAAUAUGCAUUACAUUAAUACUGAAAUGUAGUGUUUAUUGCAACCGCACUCUCUUUGAAUAUAUCCACUAAAAGCCAAAAACUGUCCCAAAUUUGUGUCUUUUUGUUAAAUUAUUGAUCUAUUUAUUAAACGUAGUUGUUGUCUGUA